CGCAGCUGAACUGAUUCAUCACUGCAUACCACCGUCGCACCAUCUAGCCUUUUGUGUCCAAUGUCUAACUAUAUCUGGCAUAUUGUGUAUGGCAUCCUACCCUCGCAUACAACUUCCUCAAGUGGCGAGAUACAGAUUGAGGAUGACCGAGACCGUUGAUUCAGAGCAGAUCUCGCAAGGAAGUAUGGCUCUUACCCUUCUCACCGAGAUUGAGCGAGUCUGGCCGGGUAAUAGUCGCAGCCGUGCGAUCCUGGAACGACUGCUUCAGGACCCGGGUGAGUUUGACGGCGCUAGUCGACCCACGCCCUUAUCUAUAUUUGACGGCCUCUCAUGGGAGAACUUCCCGGGAGCUGAUAUGACCGACAACUUUCUGCGGAAUGAGCUGUGAGGUCUGACUUCAUCUAUCGCUACUCGGUAUGCAUAAUACA